AUGGAUGAUACUUUAAUCUGGAAUAAGCACAUAGUUGCCAUUUCUAUAAAUUGUGUUGGAGGCGGACGUGAGUGUCAAAAUAAAGCAAAGAAUUUAGCUCCCGUCGGUCUUUUUAAAGUACAAAAAGAAAAUACCGAAUUAUUAGAAAAAAGUCUUCCGCUAGAGUUCAUCGAUGAUAUACGUUCAGUUAAACGUAUACGUUACAAAUUAAGAGACCUUGAUGUAAAACUUAAGCUAGGAGGUGAUUUAAUGAAUGCAGUUUAUGUCUUUGGUCUAGCUGGAUUUGCUGCAAAUUAUCCCUGCGUAUUUUGCACUCAUCAUAUAGGUGAUCUUCAUAUAACUCAAGAAACUGCUUAUCAUAAAUCUGUCACAGAAGGCAGCGGCAAAAAUAAAGUGACAAAAACAGUUAGAAAUAACAGAUCGUAUCAUGAUGUAAGUAAAUUAGCGCGUUCGCUAGACGAACAAAAAGAGUGUUUGAAGAACGGAAAAAUCAACGAUUUCGAAUAUAAGUGUGAACCACUAUUUGGUGAUCUGUUUACUUACAAAGAUUAUGUUCUCGAUACGCUGCAUAUGAAAUUGAGAAUUUUAGACGUAAAAUAG